CAAGAGAGUCAUAUCUAGAGUCACAUGUUGGUUGCAAGCCUACUUCUUGAGGCUGGUAAUGUAUGAAACAGACCAUGCUUCUCCCUAUGCUCCAUCCUCAUCCAUGUCUUCCUCACAGGGAUACUGAUUCCCAGAAACACAAAACAUAACUAAAACCUGCCAGGAGAUGGGGGAAGCACUUUGUUUUUAAAAUUUUCUCUGUUUACUGGAAGUAGAAGUGAAAGAAGGAACUUGGAGGCAACACUCUUUGUAAGAACAAUAUAUAAAAGGAACAUCUGAUUUUUCAAGAGAAGCUGACUUCACAAUUGCAUUGCUGCAUUUGCCACCAUUCUUCAGCUUCUUCGAACCCUGAUAAUAAUAAGGGAAAAAAAGAGGACUUCUCACUGACUAUUUAUGCAGACAAAUAAUAUGACACACUCCUUAAGAUGUGCUUUUUUGAGCUGGCUCGUUGUGUUGUACCCCAUACUAAAGGUUGCAUUUACAGAAGAAGAGGAUGUUGAUGGAACAGAAGCUGCAAAUUUCUCCUGUGCUGUUUAUUCAUACACUUUGAAGGCUCCUUCAAUGAACUGUACUUGGAAUGCUGGCAGGACAGCUCCCCAUGAUACUCAAUAUUUUCUAUAUUUAAAAUAUUAUAAGGAAGAAGAAAAGGAGUGUCCACAUUAUAUACCUGAUAAACGUGGAAGACAUAUUGGGUGCUAUUUUCCCAACGUGACUGUGAAUGAAAAGAAAGUUACUUUAACAGUGAAUGGGUCGAGCAUAGAAUCUCCAGUUAAGAAGCACAAAAAUAUAACUUUAUUAUAUGAACUUGAAAAAAUUGGUCCACCACAAAAUAUCACUGUGACUUGUGAAAUGUCAUCCAACUGUAUAGUAGAAUGGAAAGCCCCUCCAACGAGUCGCCGUGAGGUUCGCGAGUCCAACAGCUGCCUCAGUUAUCAAAUAAAGGAUGAAAUCAGAAAUACAACUGAUACUAUACAAAGCACCUCCAAAAACUACCCUAAGAAUGUGAGGUACAAGUUGAGAAUCCGUACAGAUGACAAGAGUAAGUGUCCGGUUGCAGGAAAAUUUGGCGAAUGGAGUGAACCAAUCGAAUUUGGCACUGAUCCCACGUCAUUCCAUCCAACGCUCUUACUUCUUGCUGUAGUUAUAACCACCCUGGGAAUCUUGCUCCUGUUUUGCAUUUGUAAAAGAUGUCAUACAUGGGAAAAAUUACAUGGUCCAAUCCCACAACCCAAAGAUAUCUAUCUCCAAUGUGAGAAGAAUGCAGAGAAAGCAUGGAUGGACUUGAUAUCAACUGCGGCAGCAAAUGAAAAAAUCACGGUGGUGGAAGAAGUGACUGCUAACUGUGAAAAGCAUGAGCCACAUCCCUGAACUCUCAAGCUAUGACGCCUAGUAAAUUAGAGAAGUGCUGUUGUUUUGGGAACUUCCAUGCAGUUGGCUUCCAGCAUGAACAAAUUAUUCUUCCUGCUUGCAAGAUUGUAAGAGCUGCUAUAGGUUGGUUCCAACUUGAUGGUGCAGAACAACGUUAUCACGCAGAGAGUGGCUUAUUGGGUCUGGAACUACAUGUUGCACACAACCCACAGUAAGCUUUUUACUGCAGGUUAUCUGCAAACCAGAGCAAAACUCCUCCUAUGACAUGUCCUGUUUUAAUGCAGCGAAAAUUGAGCCAUUGGCUCCCCCCACUCACAACAGCAAUGCUAGUUGCCCAGUGCCAGGGCAGCAUGGAAGCCUCCCGGCAAUGGCCACCUGUUCUUGCCCAGGUGGGUCACUUUCAGAUUUAAAAUAUGGUUCUGAUGUGUGCUCAUCACAUCCUGCCAUUUUUGGCAUCAGUUUUAUUAACAAGCAGUGCCUGUUCCAUUCUGACCUUUACCUCGUCACAAAGGACCCAAUGUCAGUGGUGAACUGCUGCUAAUUAAGAAGCAGGCACUGGGCAUGUGACAAGAAAAGCAAUUGCCAAUGUCUUGAUUGGUGACAAUUUUCUGCCAAAAUUUAUACUGUUGGAAUUAUGCUGCAUGAGUAUGUAACAAGAUUGCAAUCCCCAUGGUUGGCAAAAUGUUGAGGGAAAUAAAUAUAAAAUGGACAUCAGAAAGCUGUGACUGAGCUGGCCAUGUAGAACUUUGCUUCGAGCUAUAACACAAAAAUAGGAGCAAAACAGUCACAAGCCUGAGGAAUUAAUCCAAGGGUUUGUGGUUUUUUUGGUCUCUGUUAUGGAAAGCAUAAACAGACUUGAUAUGAAAGGCCAAUGGCAGGGAAAGCAGUUUGAGGAAAUGAUUAUUGCAAAAUGUAUGAGACCUUUUCCAACAAGAAAACCUAAUGGAUUAGAAAGAUGCUCUUUUAACUCUCUCCUCCUUUAAAACUGUGUGUGCACACAGAGACAAAAGUGUAACUGCUGGGAAUCCAGGUAGUCGUUUUACAGGCAGUGGAAGGAGAGCAGGCUAUGUUUCCUCUGCAAGCUGCACCCGGAGGAAAUGGUUGCUGUUUAUUUCCUGUGUAUGCAUGUGGCCAAUAUAAAAAAGAAGAUCUGUACAUUUUCUGAACAAAUCCACUGGGUCUGCCCAUGAUGCUGAUGGAAUUAUUUCAUUAUUAUGGCCCUGCUCCUGAAAGAGCCAUCUGUUGUCCCGAGAGAACUGUUGUGGGCCUCCUAAAAAUUGGAGCCCGAACUUCCCAGGAUCUAUUUCAGACCUCUGUGCUUUGAGGAAAAGCAGAAGCAAGGAUUAAGACAGGAAGCUCUUUCCAGUGUCUUCUCAAUCUGAAGUUAGUUUUAAACAGUUUCUGAAUCCAAAUAUGCCUUCCAACCAGUCGUUUAAGAUGCUGCAACAUAACUUACUAAUUUAUUAUAUUUGAUGUGCUUACAGAGUAACAGGGCUACUUCUUCAAAAACUAGUCCUUUCUGGCUUGUUCUAGGGCUUCUAUCUUAGAAUUGUUUAGAGUCCUCCACACCACUCAGAAGUAACCUCUACUUUUCUUAACAGGUGGUUAUAUGCACAUGAAAGAUCUACUGAAUUGUGACCUUGUAGGAUUUUACAAUGUGGUUUUUAGUAGAACAUUGAGCUUUUCUUUUUUUGUUCUAGUUUGAGAGCAGGGCAGGAAACAGAUUUUGCAUCAGAACAAUGUAUCCAGAGUCAGUUCUUUCCCUUCCACUCAUCUUUUCUCUCAGCACUGAAAGAACGCAAGAUACCAUACUGCCCUGAGGUUAACUGUUACACUUUAAGUGUACUGUAUUUAUCAAUUUUACAAGAAUCAUUAGUAGCAAACUAAAUGGAGUCUGUAAUGUCCCAACUUCUGCUUCAUCAACUCACUUCGUUGAGGCAUCUGAUGUGGACAUGUCUAACAGCAGCCUCUUUUUGAUCAGUAUUGCUGCAGAUUAGUUUUGUAUCUGAAAAAUCUUAGGCAUUUGAAGACACACAUGUAUUUACAUUUGUGUGGCUCAGAAACAGUGGUCAAUCUAGCAAGAUCUUUUGUUCUCUUGCCAUUGGCAAGAGGUACACAGUACUUCAAUAUUGGAAAGAUGGGCAUGCAACAGUCAUCAUGCAUUCACGGGAAGAUCUUACUCCUCAUUCCCAAAGAAUGUGAGAACAUGUUGGAAUCCCCCAGGCAACAACCCUUGACAAUUUUGUCCAGUCGUGUCUGACUCUAGGGGGCAGUGCUCCUCUCAGUUUCCAACCCACAUAACUAACGUUUGUCCGCAGACAAUUCUCCAUGGUCACGCGGACAGUGUGACUAGACACAGAAUGCCAUUGACCUUCCCAC